CCCCCACCCGGGGGAGGCUGCAUCACCUGGAGCUGCAUCGCUGCUCUUCUCGUCGGCUGUAACCCUGCUGGACUCGGGGACGUCACGCCCAGUUUUGAAAAAGGAAAGUUCAGGGAAACCGACAAGGCCACGUGGCCCAAGCCGCGGAGUGGAACCCGCUGGGAGCUUCUGGGACACCCCCGGGGGCGGAGGAGAGGAGGGUUUGGCACCCCAAAAUCAAGGGCCAGCUCGGAGCACAGCCCCGCGGGCAGCCCCCCACCCCCCACCCACGCGCGCACAGUAGGGCAGGGCAGCCGUCCUGUUCCACGGAUCAGGGCCCCGAGAGACCUGCCGGGCCCCGGGGAGUGCACUGCCCGGAAGGCGGUACUCCCACCCAUUCCCUGACCACUCCAUCACCUCCUGGCGCAGUGUCUGUGUUUGGGGGUGUUGGCGAAGGAGGCGGCCAGGCGGCCUGCGUCCAAGACGCUUCCUCUCGAGCCCCCCCCCCCCGCCCGCUGAGUGGGGGUGGACGGGGCAGGCGGACAAAGGCCCGGUGGGGGAGAGACACGGCCGGCCCCCGCGGCCUGGGAACAAGAGCGACUUUGUGGGCCUGCGGACAAUGGGCGGGGGUGCGGGCGGGCGUUGGGUCCCAGGGCUGGGGGUGGGAGCCUGCGCUGCGGCUGGGAACUGGGAGGGCGUCCCGCUCCCUCCUCCUCUGUCUGGCCCUGGCCCCUCCGCGGAGGGACACGCUGGAGUGGGGGGUGGGGGCCAUUCAGGCCCCACAAUGGAGCUCUGUGUGCUGGCCGCGGAGGGGCGGGGGUGCCCACAAUCCCUUGCUUGGCUCCCAGCUGGCCAGAAGCUUGGGUCCCGCGGGUGAGGGGUGCGGGGGGGUUGGCUGGGGACUCCAAGCUCAGGUCCCCCAGAAGAUGAUGGCUGGGGGCCUGAACUCCUGGGAAACCCCAGGAUGUGGGGGAGAGGACGGAUGGACUCCGGAGGGGCAGGUCCUGGGGACCCUGGAUGCUUGGGAAAGGGUCAGGGAGACGGUCGUGGAGCCAGCGGUCGUGGGUGAGGGGAAGACCAGCCAUCCUGGGCCUGGGCAGGACGGGGGUUCCGCUCCAGUGAGGCGCGAGUUAAAUCUGGGGUACCCUCCCCUCGCCACUCCACCUACCAUUAGCAUCACAAUGACGUCCCGCGGCCCGGGGGAGUGAGGCCUUCCCGUUACCGUGGCAACCGGUGGGGGCCAGCCUGGAGACGUUCUUUUCCCACGAUGGGCUCGCCCAACGCGGGCAUUGGCAUCGGUUUCUAUGGCAACAGCGAGACCAGUGACGGGGUGGCCCAGCUCAGCUCCGCCCUGGUGCACGCCAACCACACGCUCACCGCCAUCGACCACCUGGUGCUGGAGAUGGUGGAGAGGCUGGAGGAGGCCGUGACCACAGAGCUGACCACUCUGGAGGAGGUGCUCACGCAGCGCACGGAGCUGGUGGCUGCCACCCGAGGGGCUCGGCGGCAGGCGGAGGCCGUGGCCCAGCAGCUCCAGGGGCUGGCCUUCUGGCAGGGGGUGCCCCUGAGCCCCCUGCAGGUGGCCGAAGAUGUGUCCUUUGUGGAGGAAUACAGGUGGCUGGCCUAUGUUCUCCUGCUGCUCCUGGAGCUGCUGGUCUGCCUCUUCACCCUCCUGGGCCUGGCGAAGCAGAGCAAGUGGCUGGUGAUCAUGAUGACUGUGAUGAGCCUUGUGGUUCUUGUCCUGAGCUGGGGCUCCCUGGGCCUGGAGGCGGCCACAGCCGUGGGCCUCAGUGACUUCUGCUCCAGUCCAGACACCUACGUCCUGAACCUGACCCAGGAGGAGACUGGGCUUGGCUCAGACAUCCUGAACUAUUAUUUCCUCUGCAACCAGGCCGUCUCCAACCCCUUUCAACAGAGGCUGACUUUGUCCCAGAGAGCUCUGGCCAACAUCCACUCCCAGCUGCAGGGACUGGAGCGAGAAGCUGUGCCCCAGUUCCCUUCCGCGCAGAAACCUCUGCUGUCCUUAGAGGAGACGUUGAAUGUGACUGAAGGAAACUUCCACCAGUUGGUGGCCCUACUGCACUGUCGAGGCUUGCACAAGGAUUACGGCGCAGCCCUGCGCGGCCUGUGUGAAGACGCCCUGGAAGGCCUGCUCUUCCUGCUGCUCUUCUCCCUCCUGUCUGCGGGAGCCCUGGCCACCGCUCUCUGCAGCCUGCCUCGCGCCUGGGCCCUGUUCCCACCCAGGAAUCCAAGCGCUUUGUGCAGUGGCAGUCAUCUAUCUGAGCCCCUUCUCCACGUCCCACUGGAGCCGGCCCCUCCUCCCCGUUCCUUCCCUGGCGGCCAGAGAAGACCCCACUAACCCAGCCUCACUGGGCUCCCACCACUAACACCACCCCUGGCCACGGACACCCCAAACAGGACUGCCUUCCUGCCCUGCUCUCUCUCUACGCGCCCUUAGCCCUGAGAGGAGGCUGACGGCAGAGCGGGGCGGGGCAGUCCCUGGAGAGGGGACCCCCUCCUCCUUGGCCACCAGGGCCAUUCUCCAAGAGACUUGUGUGCCCUCCCUCCCACCGUGCACUGGUGGGCUCAGGGCCCCUGAUCUCAACUUGUGGCACUAACUUGGGAAUGGGUUGAUUUGAAAUAAAAGGGAAGACUUUA